AUGAGCACAAAGGCGAUCCUGGUGUGCCAUUUGCACCGCGUGGCGCCUACCCUCGCCACAAUCCUUGAAAUCGCCGCCCUCGCCGGCCACCUGCUGCCACGCUCGGGCGGCAGCGCCGCCGCCCUCCUCAGCGACGGUUUGGUCAGCGGCAGUGGCAGUGGCAGCGGCAGCGGCAGUGGCAGUGGCAGCGACGAGGGGCCCCUCACACUCCUCGCCGGCGCGGCCCGGCGCCGGCGGAAGCCCGUGUGGGCGGUCGCCGCGGCGCGCGGCGCGCUCCAUGUCGCGCACGGCUUUGCGCCGGCGGUGGUGGUGGCGCAGGCGGUGAGGCUGGCGGCUAAUCUCGUGCGGGAGGCAGAGCAGCGGCGGCUGGGGGAGCCGACAGAGGACAAGGCCACCACCGAAGUGCGCGCGCUCCAGCUGGGCCUGUCCAGCGUGCCGCGCGUCGAUCCUCGGGUGCCGCGCUCCCUGGAGGACUACUGCGGCGUCUACAGGGAGUGGCUGCUGCUGCUGCGCGGCCGCCUACAGCAGCAGUCCCUGGAGCUGCCCCCUGAGGUGUUUGAUGACGAUAACCACGAGCUCAUGAGAUACGCACUCUGCUACAGCGUCCUGCAGGCGCGCAGUCUGAAGGAGGCGCUUAUAGCGAUGGACAAGACCCUGGCAAACGUGCGCGACUUUGUGGUGUGGUGGCCCAAGUACUCGUUCCUCAGCGCCAGCGACCUGGAGGCCUGGAGCCGCAUAACGUGGUGGGAGGGCCCCGACCCCGAGGGCAGGCUGUGGCUCAUGAUCGACAACCGCGCCGCGGUCAACGCCAGCCGCGCGCAUGGCGCCGACGUCGUCUCGAGGGCCGUGAUAUCAAACGUGGAGUAUGGCGUGCGGGUCCUCAUGCCGGAGUACGACUGCCUCGAGACAAUCAACGUCGUCAUAGACAGCACGGGAAUCUCCUCGCCAGGGGCCCUGCGCCAGCGCCCCGCGUACCAGCGCGCCGCGGCGCUGCUGGAGCGCUGCUACCCGUCGCGCCUCGCCACGGUGUACAUGGUCGGCCUGCCGCUGCCGCUACGCGUCGCGCUGCGCCCCUGUGUGCAGUUCUUGCAGCUCAGCACGCGCCGCAAGAUCAAGGUCUGCCGGCCGAAGGAGGUGCCCUGCCGCGCGCUGCCCAGCGCGCUGCGCAGCCACAAGCUCAGCAACGCCGCGGGACUGGACUCGCUGGGCUACGCAGGGGACGGGUCGGGGCAGCAGCAGCAGCCGCCGCCGCAGCCGCAGCAGCUGCAGCCGCAGCAGCUGGCCGCGGCCCUGGUGGCGAGCGGCGGCAGCGGCAGCGGGGCGUGCCUGGCGGGCGGCGCGUCGGGCGAGGUGGACGCAUGGAGCGAGGCCGCGCCGCCGAUGACGCCCCUCGGGCGCACGCCGCGGGCGGCGCGUGGCGGGCGCGCCCCGGGGUCGGCGAGGUUUGGUUCGGGCGGCGCGCCGGGCGGCGGUGGGGCGCGCGGGCUGACGCGGGCGGGGGCGGGGGCGGCGAGCGUGCUGGCGGCGCUGGCGCUUGCAGCGGUGAUGCUCGUCCUGCUCCAGCAGGCAGCGGUUCUGCCGGCGCUGUCGGAGCUGCCAGCGCUGCGCGCGCUGCGGGCGCUGCGGGCGGCAGGCGACGGCAGCGGCGGGGAUCUGCCGGCCGGGGAUGCGGACGUGUGA